AUGUCGACCUCGUCUCACCACAGCCGCUCAAUGAGCAACAAUCGCUGGCGCUUCAACAGCUUGGUGCAGGAGGAGCGCUCCAACCGCCGCAGCUCGUCCUACUCCCGCAAGCGCGUGGUCAGCCCGCAGGAUGCCUACACCUAUGCCCUCCGCGUGGCCUUUCUCUCCUACCUGCUCCAGCCGCGAGCCCGCCGCGUGCAGCACGUCCCAGCGCCCAAGCAGCUGCACCGCUCCUCGACCUCCGUCACUGAUCUCGUCAAGGACUUCUCCCUGAUAAGGGACAGCAAGAGCACAAAGUUCCCCCAUGGCUUCAUGAAGGAGCUCGACAAGCGUCUGACCGGCGUGCUGGUCGGCAAGGAGAAGAUGCCCGAGUACAAUGACCCGCAAAUCAAGUCGACCUUUGCCGGCUUCUUGAACGAGUUCAAGGACCCCAAGUUCAGGAAGACCAUGGAAGAGAACCGCCGCGUCGAGGAUCUGCUCCUGAUCUUCUUCUCCAACGCCACCAAGAUUAUGCAGCGAGGGAAGGCUCCCGAUGACGACAGUUGGCGCCUCAUGGUCGAUCGCCAUGUCGCUCUGUUCAUCCGUCUGAUCAGCUCGACCCUCCGCAACCACGACUGGACCCGUGACAGGCCCGAGCUUUUGUCAAGGCUGACAACAAUGGAGAAGAAGCUUCUGAUGCACGACCAAGACUUGGCCGCUGCUUCACAACGGAAUGGCGGCGCGGGUGGCUCGACCGUCGAGGUCGAGGUGCCUCGGAGUUACGAGGUCAAGGAUAUGCCCCUGGUCUUGGUAGUGUCACGGAUAUUCAGCGUCCCGUACGAUACCGUGCAACAGGACAUAAAUGCAAAGAAGGACGUCUGGACGGAGAAGGCUGCGCUGCAGGACCUGAAGGCCUAUCAAGCUAACCUGAGUCUGAACACGAGGCAGACACUGAGCCCCGACGAUUUCGACACGGAGGAGGCGUACGACGCAUGGAAGAAGGGAGAGACCCAGGACUUGUCUCAAAUGAUGUUGGCAAUCAUCCAGUCCAGCCCUGAGCUCGCAAAGAGCAGCGGUGGCGCACUACCGCAGUUCAAGCCGGAUCGUGGAAGCGUCGUAGACCCCGCCUAUUCGGAGAUGGCCAGGAAGAUGUCGGAAACUUCGGAGGGUGGUUCCUAUGUCAUCGAUCAGCCAGUUGAUGUGUCGUCUCUGAACCUGAACGAUAUUCCAAGCCCCACUGAGGACGGUAGCACGCCCUAUACCUACAUCCCUCCGGACCCAAGGGCAUUCUAUCGUGCCAUCGUCAAGCAAGCCUUCACGUAUGAUUUGCAAGAUGACGGUCUAGACCCCUCAAGCCCGACGGGAGAUACACCGGCCAUGAAAUUGCUAUCCAAAGACUCUACGGAGCUACUGAGUGAGAUUGGCUUGCGCUGGCGGGUUCCUCAAUUUUCUCGGCUCGUGCUCUUCUUGGAUGUCGUUAAAGAGAAAUACCAGCAAACAGAAAUCAGCCUGGAAACACUGGACGACGCAUUCACUUUUGUCAAGCAGCCGCCGCUUGAGAACAAUAAGAAGGGCAAUAGGUCUAGCGUCAUGGUGUUGCAGCAGACCACAAUGUUCGAUCACACCAAAUGGACCAUUCACGAUUUCGUCCUGAAGCAGCAGAUUCUGUCGUCGUUGCAUGAGGACCUUCUUCGUGAACUCUUCCAACUCAUGCUGUUCUGCUACGACGCCAAGCCCCCAACUCUCGGCCCGGUAAUGUUCGUGCUCAACAACCAUAUCUACGAUGAUCCGUUGUUUAGUGGAACGCCUGAAGACCUCGACGAGUAUUCAGCCAAGCUGACGGAUGCACUUGGAAAGCGGGCAGCCGAAGUUUACAGCGAAAUUUUGGCAAAGAACAUCCCUGACACCAAGGAUGAGUGGGAGUUCUUCCACGUCAUCGAACUCGGAAAGGCAGUGAUCAAGCUCUGUGAGAAGAUCCAGAAGCGCUACCGCAAGAACCCAGAGAUCAUGGGAGUAAACCCUCUUAACGUGCUUGUCCAAGAAAUUCUCCCCUCAUACGCUGCGGAUGCUAGGGACUUAGUGGCCAAAAUCAUGGAGUUCUCGCAGCAGAAAGGCGAAGAGGUCCCCAUCCCUGAUGGUUUCGACCUGUACAAGGAGCUGGUUGAGAUCCGCCGCAUUCAUGCUGAUGCCUUGCCAGAUCGGCCGUUUGCUUUCCAUAUCGAGGACCUUCUUCAAGACUUUGUUUGGCGUUGGAUUGACAUGACCAACCAAAAUCUCGUCCAAUGGGUGGAGAAUGCUGUCAAGCAGGAUGACUUUCAAGUUCGUAUGGAAUUCCCAGAUCAAGUCCCCACCGACGAUGAGCGCCAUAGUGUUUCGGUUGUGGAUAUCUUCCGCUCGUUCAACCAGUCCAUCGAGCAAAUCGUGAACUUGAACUGGGACGACGAUCUCCAGUACGCCAAGUUCAUGACUGCAACUUCGAAAGCCGUUGGCGAUGCUCUUGCCCGGUAUUGCGAAAUGCUUGAUACCAUGUUCAGUAAGGAGAUGGAACGCUUGACUCCGGAGCAGGAAGCAGCGGCGCGCCAAACUCGCCAGGAAAAAUGGCUGCAGAUGGCAAAGGAUACUUGGAACAACAAAGACAAGAUCGAACCGUAUCAGUUCUUGCCAGAGUCUCUCGUGAAACUCAACAACAUCGAAUACGCUACGCAGCAGCUUGACAAGCUCGAACGCGAAGUCAACGUCGACGCGUGCGCCGAAGUUAUUCAGAAACACACACCCCCCUCUAACCAGCGACAGAAGAUGACCAAGUAUGUGUUCACCAUUAAGAUCAUCGAAGCAGAAGACAUCAAGGCUUGCGAUAUGAACGGACUUAGCGACCCGUACGUUGUUCUGGGCGACGAGUAUCAGAAACGCCUAGCAAAGACCCGUGUUGUAUAUGGCAGUCUUAACCCGCGUUGGGAGGAGACGGUAGAUAUCACGACGGCAGGACCUCUCAACAUCAUUGCGACCAUUUGGGAUUGGGAUACCCUAGGCGACCACGAUUGUGUUGGUAGGACUUCACUGAAGCUUGACCCCUCUCAUUUCCGUGAUUUCAUGCCGAGGGAGUAUUGGCUUGAUCUGGACACGCAGGGCCGCCUCCUGCUUAGGGUGAGUAUGGAAGGUGAGAAGGAUGACAUCCAGUUCUACUUUGGCAAGGCUUUCCGGACCCUGAAGAGGUCGGAGCGCGAUAUGACUCGCAAGAUCACGGACAAGCUCUCCUCGUACAUUCACUACUGUCUAUCACGCCGUGCCUUGAAAGCACUUCUGAACCGCGGUGUUACUGUCUCAGCAGUUGCGUCGUACUUCCGUGCAAGACCUCAGUCUGUCCAGCAAGGGCCUUCGCAAGCGGACGUCAUGAACGCGCUUCAGCCGCUUUUCGGUUACUUCAAUGAUAACUUUGCGCUGAUGAAGGAGACGCUUACAGACAGUGCUAUGGUCAUGGUCAUGUCUCGACUCUGGAAGGAGGUGCUGGCUGUUCUUGAGAGUCUUCUGGUGCCGCCUUUGAGCGACAAGCCCAGUCAGCAGAGGCCUCUCACGCAGCAAGAGUUGGAUAUUGUCUUCAAAUGGUUGCAGCUUCUGUUUGACUUCUUCCACGCAGUUGACGAGGAAACCGGCAUCGCAUCAGGAGUUCCUCUUGAUAUUCUCAAGUCUCCCAAAUACCACGACCUGCAGAAUCUGAACUUCUUUUAUUUCGAAUCGACGGAGAAUCUCAUCCGCACGUCUGAGGCAAUGGCCGCUGCAUCGCUUCAGAGGCAGCAGGAGAAGGCUGCUCGGAACAACCGUCUCUCUUCACCUGCCCAUCUCGGAGGGCCUCCUGCCGGCCAUAGCUUCGGUGGCGCUGCUGGCUUGGUCGGCAUGCCGACUCGGAAGCACAAGACGGUGAUGCUAAGCCGCAAUUUGGGCACCAUGAAGAGGGCGAAGGAGGAGAAGAGAAAAGAGGCGCAGGCAGAGCCAAGCGACGACAUGAUCCUCAGGAUUCUGCGCAUGAGGCCCGAGGCGGAGAGAUACUUGCGCGACCGGUCGAGGCAGAAGGAGAGACUGGCAGCAGCAGCAGCAGCCGAGAUGAUCGUCAAGCAGAGCUUGCUUGCAAGCAAUUCUAGGAGAUAA